UAGACCCAGCUGCAGCAGAGAUGGGAGUGAGCCUUGGUCUUCAGGAGUGAGUCCAUGCCAGAUCAAUUCGGUUGUCUGAAAGUCAGUCCUUGAGCUCUUCGGAGGGGACGUGAGGGGAAGAGUUCAUUUUGUAUGGGAUGUGGUUUUGGACCUAAUAAGACCGCUUUUUAUAUAACCUCAGAGAAAUAAAAAAUGUUAGGUUUACAGCUUCAUCCGUCUUUUGCCCUUGUAGUCUCUGUUCUUUCUGUGUAAGAAAUAGUUUAGUCACACUAACCCAUUGUUAGAGAGGGGCAUAUGCAUUUGCUUUCCUGCUUACUGACUGUGAUGACUGAAUUGUAGAGAACACAAUCUUAGCAGUCCAUUUCUGAUGUGUUAUGAAGAACCUCCCCUCUUCCCUCACUCUGUUCAGACUGCUGCCCUAUUUCCUUCCUGUUCUUCACCUCUAAACUUCAGAGAGCUUCGGCCUCAUCACUGGGCAGUAAUCCAUCCAUCCCUUCAAGUUUGCCCCUGCUUCUUGCAGUUAUCCCUGGAUGGUCCGUGUUCUCUUUUACUUCAGGCCUUUGCACAAGCAAGCGUUCUCUGAGACACCCUGACCCAGCAUAACCCGGCCAACUGGUGCUAGCCUGGAAAUCACUUCUUCUGGGAGGUCUCCCCUUAUACUCACCAAGACUGGAUGAGUGCUCGGGAGAACCCUGUGUUUCCCUCCGUCACAGGAUACGUUUGAGAAGCAGCACCAGUUUUGUUAGAAUUAUAUCCAAUGUGCUUGGCACACAGUUCUCAGGAAGGGGAGCAUGAACACGAACCUACACUGAACCUCCUCAGCUCUGAUCCUGUUAGCAACUCUUUGUUACUUUGACUUCUAUCCCCAUCACCCUGUUUCUCUUUUCCUGAAGAUUGCAAGGAAACUCCUGAUUUCCAGACCCAGUGUCUGUCCUGAUUUCAGCCUCCAUCUCACUCAAUCUCUGCCUACCAUUUGGCACUAUCGAACCGUUCUUUUUAUCCCGCCCCCAGCAGCCCUCUUCCUGUGGCUUUGAGGCCGCUUUGUCUCUCUGAGUCUCCAGAGCAUCCUUCCAUUGUUUAUUCUCAUUUUCUUUUGGUUAGUCCGUAAAUGUUGAGAUGCUCCAGGGCUUUGUCUUGGGUUUCUUUCCCUCUUCUCCCGCCCACUUCCUCUAAAGACCUCAGAUAGGUCCAUGAAUUCAGCUGUCUGUCCUCAGUGUGCCUUACCAGCCCAGUUGUGUCUCCCAAACUUCAGAUCCUUAUUUCCAACUUGACAAGUCUUUAAAAAAUUUUUUAAAUUUAUUUUUAAUUGGAGGAUAAUUGCUUUACAAUAUUGUGUUGGUUUCUGCCAUAUAUCAACAUGAAUCAGCCUUAGGUAUAUGUAUGUCCCCUCCCUCCCAUCUCCUACCUCAUCCUGUCUCUCCAGGUUGUCACAGAGUGCCGGAUUUGAGCUCCCUGUGUCAUAUAGCAAAUUUCCACUUGCUGUCUAGUUUCGCAUACAUAGGUUUCAAUGCUAUUCUCUCAGUUCGUCCUACCCUCUCCUUCCCUUCUUGUGUCCACAAAUCUGUUCUCUGUGUCUGCAUCUCCAUUGCCACCCUGCAAAUUGGCUCAUCAGUACCAUCUUUCUAGAUUCCACAUAUAUGCAUUAAUAUACGAUGUUUGUUUUUCUGACUUAUUUCACCCUGUAUAACAGGCUCUAGGCUCAUCCACCUUAUUAGUUACUGAAUCAAGUGCGUUCCUUUUCAUGACUAAGUAACACCAGCUUGACAAAUCUUGACAGGCUCUGUCCAGCUGGGUCGUUCAAAACUACCAGAGUCUUUCAAAAGCCAUUUUAAAUUCAACACAUACAGAACAAGUCAUUUUCUCCCUCCCCAGUAUCUGUUAUCUGCUCAUGUUGCUGUAUGUUUGAAGUCUGUUGAUUAUAUGCACCAAAUCUUCCUCUUUCAUUCUUCUUAUGCCUCACAUCUUUAAAUAUGCUAAAUCUAUGGUUGCUCAACCCUUUCGAUUAUAUCGGAGUGUUUGACGUGUGUCUUUUCUUCUUUCCCGCUGUACUGCUUUCAUUUAUCAGAGGUCAAAAACUAGAUAUUUUGUUUAACCAGCCCUGAAGCUUAAAAUUUUGCGUGUGAACACUUUGAGGCAGGGCCUGCUCUCUGCCAGGGUUACAGAUACUCCCCGGUCUUACACAAGAAGAUGUCACAUUUUACGUACUUUGCCUCUAGGAAUUUGCUUUUGUAACUUCUGAUUCAGAGCCUUAUCAAACCUUAUGUGCUUUUGUCAUGUACAUCUUCCUCUGCUUCAGGACCUCUCAUUUCUUGUUGCCAAAGUUGUGUUACUAAAGGCCAAAUCUAAUCUUUUUAUUCUCAGGAUGUCAGAAUGCCAUUGGUUCCCUGUUUCCUACUUAGCUGGAGAGGUGUAUUCUUUACCACUGGACCACGAGGAAAGCCUGGACAGAAAAGGUGCCUUUGCUCAAUAGAUCUCAUCAUGUGGGCAACCUGCUGCAACUGGUUCUGCCUGGAUGGACAGCCUGAGGAGGCCCCACCGCCCCAGGGUGCCAGGACUCAGGCCUAUUCCAACCCUGGGUACAGCUCCUUCCCUUCCCCUACAGGCUCAGAACCAAGCUGCAAGGCCUGUGGGGCCCACUUUGCAAGCAUGGCCAGGAAGCAGCAGACCUGCUUGGACUGUAAGAAGAACUUCUGCACCACCUGUUCGAGCCAAGUGGGGGCCGGUCCCCGGCUCUGCCUUCUCUGCCAGCGCGUCUGCGCCACAGGCUUCCGGCGGGAGGAGCUCAUGAAGAUGAAGGUGAAGGACCUGAGGGACUAUCUCAGCCUCCACGACAUCUCUACCGACAUGUGCCGGGAGAAGGAGGAGCUGGUGUUCCUGGUGCUCAGCCAGCAGCCCGUCAUCUCCCAGGAGGGCAGGACUCAGGCGCCCCCCUUGGGCCCCGACUUCCCCGAGCAGCAGGCCUUCCUCACCCGGCCCCACACCAGCACCGUGCCGCCUACCUCACCCGGCCUCCCGUCUGCACCCCCCGGCCAGGCGCAGGGCCGGCAGCAGGCCAAUGGCCAUGUGUCUCAGGACCGAGAGGAGCCCGUCUACCUGGAGCGCACGGCCGGGGCCCCUGCUGAGGACGAGACCCAGUCCGUCGACUCAGAGGACAGCUUUGUCCCAGGCCGGAGGGCCUCGCUGUCUGACCUGACCGACCUGGAGGACAUCGAAGGUCUCACUGUGCGACAGCUCAAGGAGAUCCUGGCUCGCAACUUCGUCAACUACAAGGGCUGCUGUGAGAAGUGGGAACUGAUGGAGAGGGUGACGCGGCUGUACAAGGACCAGAAGGGACUCCAGCACCUGGUGUGCAGCGCUGAAGACCAAAACGGGGGAGCAGUGCCGUCCAGCCUGGAGGAGAACCUGUGUCGGAUCUGCAUGGACUCACCCAUCGACUGCGUUCUGCUGGAGUGUGGCCACAUGGUCACCUGUACCAAGUGCGGCAAGCGCAUGAACGAGUGCCCCAUCUGCCGGCAGUACGUGAUCCGAGCCGUGCACGUCUUCCGGUCCUGAGGGCUCGCGCGGGCUUUUGCAGUGCCUUAGGGGACAGAGCUCCAGGUGUCUGGGCCCACGGUGGGCCGGCUUGCAGACGGGCAAGCUAACCAGAAAGUGUGCAGUGUUCCCAAGACCAGGGCGAGCAAAGAAGCUGUCACCUCUGGGCAUGCCUGUCUUGCUUCAGAGGUACACCGUGUGGCUGGCCGAGCCCCAGGCCAGUGGAAACUGGUACAGAUUGCACAGGCCAGUCCCUGUUUCGGUGAUCUUGGGGUGACGAUGGUAACUGAUGGAGAGGACUUUCCAGAAUUUCGACCAUAUCUUCCUCCCUUCCUCUGCGAACCUAAACAGAGUCUCACCCUUCCUCCUGUAGCCCGCCCACCCCCCUGAGCGGCGUGCCUCUGUUUGACCCACCAGGAAUCCUGGUGGGGACAGCUCUCUUCCUCCCCGGCACACCUGGAUUCAUUUCUGGUCUCUCUGGCUCCCUGUGCUUUAACCGACCUUUGCUAAAGUCUCUUGAUACCUUAACCUAAAAUCCAUUUGUUUCUUUAGACCAAAAAGAUGGUAGCUUACCAGACCAAUAGUGAUCCUCCUAGGGACAGAAAUUUGAACCAGUAAACUUAUUUCUGGUGAGAAAUGAAACGCAAAUGCGAUUGGAAAACCUUAAGUCAUUAAGAGUUGCUUCCUGAAGUGCUGGAUUGGGAAGCUCUCCCUCUCCUGAGCUGACCUUGGGAGUCAGUCUGGCUUUCAGACUGGUGGGAGAUUCCAGUCUGUGAAAGACAGUAUGUGGGUCACCUCUGCUGUUUCUCCUGGGGUCUGACUUUGUGCCAUCCUGUUUUAGUUGAUGAGAAAAAGGGAAAGCAUUGGGUGGAAGCAGUGGCUCUCUGCUUGGCUUUGACUUCUCCAGCGGACAGCCUUAAACCAUUUUCCCCUGAGUACGAGGUCCCUCUUGCCCAUGGAGGUUUUAAACAUGGUCUCACUUGAAGGUCUCACUGAAGAGACUUAGGCAAAGGGCGUAUUCUACUCCAGUCAGACAAGCAUGUAAGACUGAGUACUCAGAGGUAUCAGCCCUUGAGCAGACAGCUGCCCGUGUCUGUUCCCCAGGUUGGGAGGGACUCCCGAAUCCCAUUUCCUUUCUCACCCUGCUGAUUUAGGGGCAGGUCAGGAAGAAGCAUUCCCUUGGCUCUUUAGGAAGGGCCGUGCAAUGAGUUAGUGUUGUUCUUGAGCCCUCUCAGGGUCUCUUCACCACUGCAAGAGCUCAGGUUUGCUGGAGAAGCUUAGCCAAGCCCAAACAUACAUUCUGUGCACUAUCAGAAGAGCUGUGUGUGCCGCCGUUACCGUUGGAUGAGCUAUGCAAACCCUCAGACAGCUGAGGGCUUCGGCAGUCACCCCUAUUCCCACCCCGUGCCGCUGAGAUCUCUCAGACCAGAACCAAUCACGACUUUGGAAAGCAGUGGGAAACCUGUAAGGGCACCUGUUGGUUGGUACAGGAUAUACUUAAUGCUUUCUCUCCAUCAACCACUAAACCACCUAACCUUGACAUUAUACCAAGUCCUAGAUAGUUUGAUUUUGGGCUACAGCCUUUGUAGGAACUGGGGGGAAUGGAGGUUUCCCUGUAAAGACACCAUCUUUCUGCUGGACAGUAAAUACUAUAGUUUACGGUGCCUACCAGUUUAACAAAGAAUUCAGCUACUCCUUAGUUCCACUGUGAAACAGGUCUGCACAUAGCAGCUCAGCUACAACCUAGCAAUAACUUCAGGGCAGAAGCUGGCUGUUUCCCUGCUUAAAACUUGCUUUCUCUGCUGAGGCCUUACCACUCCCUACCUCCCAGUUUCCCUCUUAGACAUGAGUUAACAAUAUCCUGAUGGUUGGUUUGUAACCUCAGUAAGAAUCAGAACUGAUGUCAUUUACUCAUCUUGGAGAAAGAACUUGCCUUUAAGUCUUCUAAUCCCUUUUGCUGAAGGUUUCCAUUUAGGAGAAGAGGUGUUAAAACAACCUAACCCUAAGCGCCACCCCCCCACCUCCUGCUUUGUAUCUUCUUUAUUACUACACCAAAUAAAGGCUGGGAAUUCUUAAGAUCCCAUUUCAGUUACUAUCUAACUUAGGUAGCAAACUUGAUUUUUAUCCUUGGAUACUCUCUUCUGCCCCUCAUGGAUCCUUGGUCUUAAUUACCAUGGAAACAUCUAAUUCUUCCAUUAUCCCAUGGCUUUUGCUGAUUGUUCUGAGAUUUCAGUUGUGACUUGUUUUAAAAGACAGGACAGCUGACUGGCUCAUAAUACAUUGGAAUAGCUGGAUCCAAACGAGAAAGAAUAAGCUGUACAGGAAUUAGUGCUCAAUGUAUAUUGUAUAAAUUUGUUGAAAUCUUUUGGACGUGAAUGUGUUAUUUCAAGUGGCUUAUAUUAAGAUUUUUCUCAGACUUACUUGGGUGUUAGACCAAACCCAAAUGUGUAUUUUUUGUUACAGAGCUCUGCUUUAUAAUUUUGUAAUAAAGUUUCAACAUAGA